AUGGAUGCAUAUGAUAUUUUUAAGAAACUUACAAAAGGUCUUACGUUUAAACGUCGGGUUUUAGGAGCGAAUAACAAUAAUCAACAGGACUCAUUAAAACGAAAAACUCCUCAUAAUAAACAUGAGCAAAUCAAACAGGAACCAGUAGAAGAAAAAGAAGAAUUUGAGGAUAUAGAUGAAUUAGAAAAUGAUUCCCAAGUUAAAUCAGAGUCUGAUGAUGAAGGUUCAGGAAGUGACAAGGACUUAAUGUUAGUAAAAGAUGGAAAUGUAGAAAAGAAAAAAGAUAAGAAAAAGAAAUCAAAAUUAUCAUCUGAAGAGUUAAAAAAGAAACUUGAAUUGGAAGAGCAAAAUCAUUUUCGCAAUGAACAUGGAAUCAAAGCAGUUGGUCGACAUAUACCUAGUGCUUUAAAGCAUUUUACAGAAUUAACUAGUAGAUACAAUGUACCUAAAGAACUCAUUGAUACAGUGAGAGAGUGUGGAUAUUCAGAACCAACUCCUAUACAACGGCAAGCUUUACCUUGCCUAUUGGAAGGUCGUCAAAUAGUGGCCACUGCACCAACAGGGUCGGGUAAAACUGCUGCAUAUCUGGUACCCCUCCUGCACAUCCUCGGGGCACCUCAGGGUGGUCCGAGAGCCUUAGUACUUUGCCCCACUCGUGAACUGGCUAACCAAAUCUACAGGGAAGCCCUUAGAUUAUCAGUGAGCACACAAUUAAGGUGUACUGUCAUCAAAAGUGUGAAAGAGAAGAAAGUAAAAGAACGAGAGGCUACUUUUAGAAAAAGUGAUUUAGUAAUAAGCACACCAAACCGUUUGUGCUAUUUGCUUAGUCAAGAAAACGUUGGCAUCAACUUGGACAAGGUCCAAUGGUUAAUAAUAGACGAAGCUGACAAACUCUUUGAAGGAACCACCGAGGAAGUGGACACUUUCAGACAGCAGUUGGACCAAAUCAUCAAGUCGUGCAAGUCCAAGCUUGCAAUGUUCAGUGCGACACACACGCCCACUAUCGCGAAGUGGGCGAGACACAAUAUGAGAGGGCUCAUUAAUAUUACUGUUGGGCUUAGGAAUGCAGCGGUCAGCACGGUGGAGCAGGAGCUGAUGUUCUGUGGCAACGAGAACGGCAAGCUGGUGGCCUUCAGGCAACUUGUGCAGAAAGGGCUCAAACCACCUGUACUAGUGUUCGUUCAAAGUAAGGACAGAGCGAAGCAACUGUUCAAAGAACUAAUUUACGAUGGGAUCAACGUAGAUGUCAUACACGCGGACAGGACGCAGGCGCAGCGAGAUAACGUAGUGCGUAGCUUCCGUACAGGACGUAUUUGGGUAUUGAUAUGUACUGAGCUGAUGGGACGUGGGAUCGAUUUUCGAGGGGUUAAUUUAGUCAUCAAUUAUGACUUCCCGCCCUCAGCCAUUGCUUAUAUACACAGGAUAGGGCGUGCGGGGCGCGCGGGGCAAAGUGGGAAGGCCAUCACGUUCUUUACUCAAGAUGACGUCGUCAAUCUUAGAAGUAUCGCAUCAGUGAUGAAGCAGUCCGGCUGCGAAGUGCCCGAAUACAUGUUGAAGCUCAAACAGAAUCCCAACAAGCGGAAGAAAUUGUUGAAAAAAGCACCGCAUAGAGAUAAGAUAUCUACAAUAUUGGAAAAACCUGAGAAACGAAAACUCGAAGAUCAAGAUGCUGAGGCAGAAGCGACGAAAGAUACAGACAAAGUUAAAAAUAGCAAAUUUAAAAAACUUAGGAAAAUUCAAAAUGGCGAAGUCAAACCACCAAUGAAAGGAAACAGACAGAAACCUAAAGAUAGAAAUAAAUCUCAGAAAUUAGAAAAGAUUAAGCAGAAAAAGAAAUUUGCCAAACCUAGUGCU